UAGAUUGUGUGUGUUUGGUGGAGGCUCAGUUCCGUGCCAGCAUGGAUUAUGCCAAGUCCUUGAGCCUGCGCCUGGCUGCUCCUGUCUCCAAAUGUGUCUCCGCCAGUGCUUCCAUGACCCAGCAGCUGCUCCUCUCCAGCCCGGCCCCACGGCCCCGACCCUUCCGUGUCUGCAACUGCGACCGCAGCCUGCGCAAAGGCAUCAUGGCACACAGCCUGGCCGAGCUGCUGCACCAGGUCCGGAGCACCCUGCCGGUCCCAGACCCCAUCACGCUGGUCCUGGAUGAGGACGGCACUGUGGUGGAGACAGAAGCUUUCUUCUGCACGCUGGAGGAGGGCACAGUGCUGAUGGCCCUGGGCAAUGGGCAGUCGUGGUCUGCCUGCAAGGCACCUGGCUACCAGCUGAGCCUGUCCCACAAGCCAUCCCGCCGCAUCGAUGUCGCCUGUGUCACUUUUGACCUGUACAAGACCAAUCCGCAGGACCUGGGCUGCCUCAACGUCAAAGCCACGCUCUACGGCACCUACAGCAUGUCCUAUGACCUGCGCUGCUAUGGGGCCAAGAGGCUCAUGAAGGAAGCGCUGCGCUGGAUGCUCUUCAGCAUGCAGGCCACAGGGCAUGUGCUGCUGGGCACCUCCUGCUACAUGCAGCAGCUGCUGGAUGCCACCGAGGAGCCCAAGGAGGAGAGCUGUGUGCAGCUGCCCCACAGCCUCCCCCUGCUGCCCCCCAGUAAGAUGCUGCAGUGAGGAGAUGGGGCAUGUCCUUUCCUGGGGGUCCCAGAGCCCCUCCCUAGGUCAGUACCCAGAGCUCUCCCUGCAUGCUGCUGGCUGGAUGCAGCCGCCUCUUCUCUGUGAUGCCUGCUGCUUUGUAAAUAUAUUUAUUUAAGUAAAGCUGUGCUUCUUGCAA